AUGCCCUUACCUUUCAAACAAGACAGACCAAAUCUACCCAAUAAUAAGUCAUGUUCUGUUCAGCGUCUAAGAGGCUUGGAACGAAGGCUCAAGAGAGACCAGAAAUACUGCUCAGACUACAUGAACUUCAUGAAAGAUAUCAUUGCUCGUGGUGAUGCUGAGAAGGUUCCCGAAAAGGAACUCAACAAUCAUCCAGCCUGGUAUAUUCCCCACCACGGGGUAUACCACCCUCAAAAGCCUGGGAAGAUACGCGUCUUCUUCGAUUGCUCAGCAAGAUUCCAAGACACGUCAUUGAAUGACCACCUUCUUACUGGGCCAGAGCUCACAAAUACCUUGGUGGGAGUUCUCUGCAGGUUUCGCAAGGGCCCAAUUGCUAUUAUGUGUGAUGUGGAGCGAAUGUUCCAUCAGUUCCAUGUAAGACCGGAAGACCAAGACUACCUGAGGUUCUUAUGGUGGGAGAAUGGUGACCUGAUGUCUCCGCCAUCAACUUUCCGGAUGAAAGUCCAUCUGUUUGGGGCAGCCUCCUCACCCGGCUGUGCCAAUUUUGGUCUCAAACAUCUAGCCGCUAAAGGUCAGGAUCAAUUUAACCAAAACGCUGUUAAAUUCAUCCAAAGGAAUUUUUAUGUUGACGAUGGACUGGUGAGUGUAACGUCUGAUGCUGAGGCAAUUCAACUCAUCAAGGAAGCAAGAGGUCUUUGCAGCACAGGCAAGCUAAGACUACAUAAGUUUGUCUCCAACAGCAAGCAUGUAUUGAAAUCAAUACCAAAGGAAGAGUGCGCUGAAAGUGUCAAAAACCUUGAUAUGGCUUUGGGAGAGCCACUCAUGGAAAGAGCUCUCGGAGUGCAAUGGUGCGUGUCCUCUGAUGACUUUCAGCUCAGAGUUACAGUCAAGGAACACCCGUUGACCAGAAGAGGAGUGCUAUCAACAGUAGCUUCCAUCUACGACCCAUUGGGGUUCGUAGCCCCAUUCAUUCUCCUAGGAAAGCAGAUAUUGCAACAACUGUAUCGAGACAAGGCCGGUUGGGAUGAACCACUCUCAGAGGAGCUCAAGACACAGUGGGAAUCUUGGCUACAAGAUCUACAAAACUUGUCUAAUGUAAGGAUCAGAAGGUGCUAUAUUCCAGCAAACUUCAUAGAUGUCAAACAGUACGAGCUUCACCACUUCUCAGAUGCCAGCGUCACAGGCUAUGGGGAGUGUACUUAUCUCAGAACAAUCAACACCAAUGGGGAUGUCCAUUGUUCGUUAGUCAUGGGGAAAGCACAUGUUGCCCCCACCAAAGUGACCACAAUACAACGCCUUGAGUUAUCUGCAGCAGUGGUAGCAGCAAGGACAAGUGUUGUGCUCAGAAAGGAGCUCGAAAUAGAUGGUCUUCAAGAACAUUUUUGGACAGACUCAAAGGUUGUCCUUGGAUAUAUAAACAAUGAUGCAAGACGAUUCCACGUCUUUGUGGCUAACAGAAUCCAAAGAAUCAAGUCCACUACAGAUUCAAAGCAAUGGCGAUUUGUACGUUCUGAAGAUAAUCCUGCGGAUCAUGCUUCAAGAGGCCUAAAGGCAGAUCAGCUUGUAGCUUCAACUUGGUUUAAUGGGCCAGAUUUUCUGUGGAAAAGAGAGCUGCCCAUAGAAGACGUCAAAGUAAGUGAGGUCAUUGACAAUGAUCCAGAACUUCGAAAGGCUCAGGUGCUCAACACAAAAGCAAAAGAGGACAGGACAUUGUUAGACCGCCUGACAAGGUUUUCUGACUGGAAAAGAGCCGUCAAAGCUAUUGCUCGUCUUAAGCGCCAUGCUAAGCAAAUCAAGGGUCUCAAACUUAAAACAAAUGAAGCCACAAGUGUUGAGGAAAGACAGGAAGCAGAGCUUUUCAUCAUCAAAUUGGUUCAAACGGAAGUAUUCAGUACUGAAAUCAAAGGUAUAAAGCAAUGCAAGGAAGUAAAACCCAAAGACAAAACAAACAAGCUACACAAACUAAGUCCCUUUGUCGAUGAGUACGGUGUGCUCAGGGUUGGAGGACGUUUGACAAGAUCUGCCCUUCAUCCACAUGUAAAGCAUCCUGCCAUUGUACCUAAGGCAAGUCAUGUGUCUUCUUUACUCAUCAAGCACUACCAUGAAAAGGUGCAUCAUCAAGGAAGAGGAAUAACUGUCAAUGAAUUGCGAUCCAAUGGUAUAUGGGUUACAGGUUGCAGCAGCGCAGUUGCCUCGCACAUCUACAAAUGCACAACAUGCAGAAAGUAUAGAAGGAACACACAGGAACCAAAGAUGGCAGACUUGCCAGACGAGAGACUGGAAAUGACCCCUCCAUUCACAUAUUGUGGUAUAGAUUGCUUCGGACCAUUCUAUGUGAAAGAAGCGAGAAAGGAACUGAAAAGAUAUGGUCUUCUUUUCACUUGUAUGUGUUCUAGAGCCAUACAUAUUGAAAUGCUUGAUGAUCUCACUACAGAUGCUUUCAUCAAUGCACUGCGUGCAUUCAUUGCAAUACGUGGAAAUGUAAGACAGUUGAGAUGUGAUCAAGGCACCAACUUUGUUGGCGCUAAAGGAGAGUUCAUGAAUGCAAUGAAGGACCUGGAUCAUGAACAGGUAAAGGAACAUGGAUGUGAGUUUGUUAUGAACUUCCCAGCAUCAAAUCACAUGGGAGGUGUAUGGGAGAGACAAAUUAGGACCAUCAGAAGCGUUCUAACAGCGAUCCUUGACCAAUCUGCUAAAAGACUUGACAGUGCAUCACUUAGAACCUUCCUGUAUGAAGUGAUGGCUAUCGUAAAUAGCAGACCUCUGACAACAGAGCACUUAAAUGAUCCAACAAGUCUUGAACCUCUCACUCCCAACCAUAUCCUCAUGAUGAAGUCAAAGAUAACAACUCCCCCUCCUGGUCAGUUUGUGAGUCAGGAUCUCUACCUCCGCAAGAGAUGGCGACAGGUACAGUUCUUGGCAAACGAAUUCUGGACACGGUGGAAGAAGGAGUACCUCCUUAAUCUUCAGCAAAGACAAAUAUGGCAAAAGGAUAAGAGAAAUACGAAGGUUAAUGACAUUGUCAUUAUACAAGAGGACUGCUCUCCACGAAAUCAAUGGAGAUUAGCAAGAGUAGCACAGGUGUACCCUAGCACUGAUGGAAGAGUCAGAAAGGUAAAACUGUUAAUUAGUGACUCAACCUUAGAUAACCAGGGAAAACGCACUACAAAGCCAGUCUAUCUUGACAGGCCUGUAUACAAGACAGUUUUACUGCUUGAAGCAGAAUGAAUGUUAUGGUUAUUUUGUGAGGUGAAAUCCCAAAGGAUGUGAUUUGGUGGGAGUUUAACUGCCAUAAAUGUUAUUCAUGUCAUUAUUAAUGUUAUUCAUGGCAUUAUUAAUAGGUUUUACAUAAAAUCAUUAUUAUUUGUACAACUUGUAUUUUGAAUAUUGAUUUUGCUUGUAUUUAUGUGAUAGGAACUAUCUGUACAUUCUAUGUUGUGUUGGGACGCUUUUAGUGGUGACAAGUUCCAGACAUCGCGGUAAAGUAGCGGCGGUAAAGUUUAGUACUCUGAAAGAUAAGUUAAAUUAACGACGUGUUUAUUUACAAGUAUUCUUGUUUCUAAGUGGACCCAUUUCCCUCUCAGUUGUGUGCAGCCAGCGAGUUCGACGGUGGAUUGAUGACGGUGGAGAAUUUAGUAGAAGAAUAAAUCCAUCAGUAACCAGAA